CCGGACAUUAGAUUCAGAAGAUUCUAAAACAGUACUCAGCCGGCAAUUCUCGAGUUUAUCACAACAAAUCGCAACCGUCAAAUUUCAGUUGCCAAAUGUACCGGCGAUCACAUCCGGUCAAAGCUAACAACUCCAAAAGAGUCGGUACAAACAGUUAUCGAUUACUUCUUUUGUUCUCUCUUUCUCUCGAUCGCGAUAGGCCCUAGCUCUGAACUCCAAAGCCUAGCUCUCUAACAGUUUCUCUCUCUAGAUCAUCAUGGAUCCAAAUCCUAAAACCUUCCCAAUCCUCUCCUAUGUCAUGGCCAAACUCCCUAGUAUCGGCCCCAAACGCACCACUGUUGAAUUCGACGUCGAACAACCACCGCUACCACAAUCUCCAUGUGCUUCCACUUCCAAAGAACCUCAAUUCGAGCUCACGGAGCAAAUGCCCCAUCUCACCGACCCCAAAGUCAUCGCUUCUAUGCGAUUGGCCGUCGCCGAUGUCGCCCAAACCCGAUCGAUACUGGAGACACUAGGUGAAAGGCCUGAUCAUGAGUCGGUUGAUAAGGCGAAGGCGAAGAUAGUUGAAAUUGAGGCGAAAUUGGCUAAGGAUUUGGGAGAGAUUGUGGUGUCUCCGAGGCCGGCGGAGGUUGAUAGGGCUCAGUGGAGGGCGCAUUUGUUGGAGAAGGAGGAGGAGUAUCGUAAGGAGGCGGAGAAGGAGAGGCAAAUGUAUAAGGCGGUGGUUUCGCUUGAUGAAAUCCACGAGGGGUAUGAGAAGAUGUUGAAGGAGGCGGAGGAGAAGUUGGAGAAGAUUUAUGCGACCGUUGUGACGGGCGAUGAUUCUGUGGCAGAGAAUUCGAAGGGGGAUUCGCAGGUGGCGGAGGAAAUUAAUGAGGAAGUGGUGGGGAUUUUGAUGGAUGCACCUGGGAAGGGGAUUGAGAGGGUGGAUUUGUCGGGACGAAAAUUGAAGUUUUUGCCGGAGGCCUUCGGAAGGCUUGGCGGAUUGGUUGUGUUAGAUUUGUCCAACAAUCACCUUGAGUUCGUUCCUGAUUCAAUUGCUGGACUAGAAAAUCUUGAGGAGCUCAAUCUUUUGUCAAAUCUUUUGGAUUCAUUGCCAGAUUCCAUAGGAUUGUUGCAAAAUUUGAAGAUCCUAGAUGUCUCUGGAAAUAAGCUCACAGCCUUGCCUGACAGCAUCUGCCAUUGCAGGUCAUUGGUGGAGUUGGACACAAGCUUCAAUAAACUGACGUACUUGCCAACAAACAUCGGGUACAAAUUAGUGAAUCUAAGAAGGCUUUCAAUCCAUCUGAACAAGAUUCGCUCUCUUCCAACUUCUAUUGGUGAGAUGACGUCCUUGCACCUUCUAGACUUGCACUUCAAUGAACUCCGUGGCCUUCCACUUGCAAUAGGGAGAUUGACAAAUCUUGAGAUCCUUAAUCUGAGCAGUAAUUUCAGUGACCUAACUGAACUUCCUGACACGCUUGGUGAUCUAACUAACCUCAAAGAACUUGAUCUGAGCAACAAUCAGAUCCAUGCACUUCCCGAUACAUUUGGCCGGCUUGACAAUUUGACUAAGCUUAAUUUGGACCAAAACCCUCUAAUGAUUCCUCCAAAGGAGAUUGUGAAGGAAGGGGUUGAAGCUGUCAAGGUUUUUAUGGCUAAGAGGUGGCUAGAUAUAUUGGUUGAGGAGGAGCAGAAGAGCAUGCUUGAAGUGAAAGAGCAGAUACAGACCGGUUUAUUAACUCGCAGCACCUCCUGGUUGACUAAUGUUGUUUCAAGUGUUUCUGGGACUGUUUCAGGAUACUUGGGGUCCACGGGUAAAUCUAAUAUAGAUCCGUACCUUGAUCAGCAGCUCUGAUUUCUCUUGUUGUUUCAGCGUCCACUUCCUUUUGAAUGCACGAUAAGGAGGGGAGAAAUAGCUCUUCUGGUUUAUCCACUCGAGUCUUUAAGGGGCAGUGGACUACAUUUUUGUUGCUUUUUGUUUUUUUGCCUAGUCAAAAUCGUGGGAAAUGUCCAUAAAGUUUUGCAACAAAAUAAAAGUCAUCAGAACUUUCUAUGUUGUUUUUCUUUUCAUAACUUUGUCAUGGAAUCCAAUGUAGCUUGUUGUACAUUCCCCCAAUUACAAAACCACAGGUUCAUUUUAGUGUUAAAAAAGGUUGUGUGAUUCGGUCAUGUGGUGCAGGCAGCACUUGAUGAAUAUGUUUGAUUUUUCUGAAGGUGGGAGUUUUAUUGUUAUUUCAUUCCUAUCAAAACUGUGAGACUUGUUGAUUCUGGAUUUGGGCAUUGUAGGC